CCCGUUCAACUCAAAACUAGGGCGCUUUCGCGUUCUCUUCUCGUCCUGUUCCUUCACAAGACAAAGACUGUUCCUCGAGAUUGUCAAAUCCACCUUGAACAAGAGUCCUCGCAAUCCAAAUCCCUCCAUGGACGCCACGUCACCCACCAGUCCCUACCUCUUUGACGGCAGCUUCACACUCCGCGGCUGUUCCGCAUAUGAAGGUUUCAGCAAUGCCGAUUUCUACCGUAGUUCUUUCCGCGUUGAGACUAGAGACGGCCACUGGAGGACGCUCACCAACGCCGAGCGCUUCGGGCUUGUCUCAUCGCUCUACGGGCCGGGAAACUUAUUGGGCUGGUUCUUUCUCAUCCUCUCCGUCCUCAUCAGCUGGACCGCCAACCCUGUGUCGCGAAGAAAAGACACCAUUACCAAUGACUUCAUCGCUGUAUUGACCAUGCCCGUUGUAGCGGUUGUGCAUUUCUUCUACAUGGUGGCGCAGCAGAGAGGGAAAACCAUCAAGGGAUGGCUAGGGUGUCGGCAGGAACUGGAUGUGAUAGCUGUCGGCGCGCUCGAGGCGCCGCUGACUGUAUGUGAAGACUUCAUCGCCUGUGCGGCUGUGUUGUUUUCGGUAGCUGCGAGCAGGGGGCACCCGAGGAGGCUGGCUCUGGUGUUGUGCGUCGGGUUGCUCUGCCUGGCACCCGAGGUCCUGCUUCUGGUGGAAUGGCUUCCUUACGGGUCGGGCUCCCUAUUGAGGCCCUUUAUUUUCCACAGUGCCUUCUUCUUCUGCUCCCUGAUUUUGUGGGAGAGCCUUACAUUAUUGGUUUAUCUCGCCGAGAUCUUUUCGACUGUUUCUGUUGCUGCAGCUGAGAGAUUGGGGAUUAGGACCAGGGCGGACGCAGAGCGCGGGCAUGGCGCCAAGUUUGGACUUAGGAUGUUGUCGCCGGGCUAUUUGGCAAGCCGCAUGUCAGCAGUCUCAGCAUUCGUUGCGGCUGCUGGGUCGAUUUGGAUCAAGUAUGGGCUUUUGCUCCAGAUGGGGGCUUUCAACUCUGUGAGGUUCAUUCCAAGAAGUCCUUUCAAUGUUUUGGAUUUAGAUCAGGCUAUCGCGGCUGCGGGGGGGCUGGUUGCUUUAGGCUUCAGCGUUCAGGGUGCGUUUAAAGAGCGGAAAAAGGCCAGGGAAAGGCAACAGCGCCACGAAAUGCCACCGUGGCAACGAUGGGGGCGAUAGAGCACGAAAUCGUAAGAAAAAGUUGGUAUGACCUUUAAUGAAGUCGGUCAGCCUUCUAGCAGAAAUUCAUGUAAAGGGAUGGUAGAGGGGGUGCUAGUGAAGCUAGGGCUUCAACGUUCAACGCGGCGUAGAGCCCAGAUCACGGCUCGCGCUUAACUCUUGGGCCGAUUUCUUGGCCCAUGAUGGGUGAAUUAGAUCGGAAUGGUCUUAGGUUGUCCAAAUUUGUAACUUCAGGUUGAUAGCGCAAAACAUGGACUGGAAAGUUUCGCUGCGGCCCAAAAUUAGGACCGCGGGCAUAUACUGGUAGAUGGUGUGGGAUGGUACAUGAGGUGACAUUCUAGUUCAAUCUGUAGCA